AUGUGCUCCGCGCACUGCGCGGCGCUGCCCGACGUGCAGGCCGCCGCCGCCAGGCUGCGCGGCCGCCUGCGCCGCACGCCCGUGGUGGCCAGCGGCGGCCUGAGCCGCCUGGCCGGCCGCAAGCUCUGCUUCAAGUGCGAGCUCUUCCAGAAGACCGGCUCGUUCAAGAUCCGCGGCGCCCUCAACGCCGUCAGGAGCCUGGUCGAAGAGGCCGAGCGUGCCGGAGCAGAGCUGCCGCGGGCCGUGGUGACGCACAGCAGCGGGAACCACGGCCAGGCGCUCGCCUGCGCCGCCCGGGCGGAAGGGAUUCCCGCCUACGUUGUGGUGCCCGAGACAGCACCACGCUGUAAGAAAGCCGCCAUCCACGCUUACGGUGCCACACUGGUGCCAUGCGAGCCCAGCGACGAGUCUAGGGCCGAGACAGCGGCUCGGGUAGUCGAGGAAACAGGCGGAGUCCUGCUGCACCCCAACCAGGAGCCAGCAGUGAUCGCGGGGCAAGGCACCAUCGGCCUGGAGGUGCUGGAGCAGGUGCCCGAGGUAAACGCCCUGGUGGUUCCCGUUGGGGGCGGAGGAAUGAUUGCUGGAAUAGCAGUUGCUGUCAAGGCUUUGAGACCAGAUGUGAAAGUGUUUGCUGCUGAACCUUGCAACGCAGAUGACUGUUACCAGUCCAAGCUGAGAGGGGAGCUGACCCCCAACCUGCACCCCCCAGACACCAUCGCAGACGCAGUUAAAACCAGCAUUGGAGCAAACACAUGGCCCAUCAUUAGGGAUUUGGUCGAUGAUGUCCUGACAGUCUCGGAGCAAGAAAUCAAGCAAGCAACACGGCUGGUGUGGGAAAGGAUGAAGCUGCUCAUUGAGCCAGCAGCGGGUGUGGGAGUUGCGGCUGUGCUCUCGGAGCAGUUCCGAGCAGUCUCCCAGGAUGUGCAGAACGUUUGUGUUGUGCUGUGUGGGGGAAACGUAGACCUGAGCUCCCUGACCUGGCUCACAGACCUCUCUGGGAAAGCGGAGUGAGAACAGAGCAGCGUCUCAAGCAGCAGGAACCCAAUGCUGGAUGUGUACCGCCUGGUUUCUGCACUAUUAAAACAGAUGAACAACCCCAAA